AUGAACCAGCCUGCCCUCGGGGUCCCCCCUCCGCCCCGCCGUGUGCGGCUGAAGCCCUGGCUGGUGGCCCAGGUGAACAGUUGCCAGUACCCAGGGCUCCAAUGGGUGAACGGCGAAAGGAAAUUCUUCUCCAUCCCCUGGCGCCAUGCCACUAGGCACGGCCCCAGCCAGGACGGAGAUAACACCAUCUUCAAGGCCUGGGCCACGGAGACGGGGAAGUACACGGAGGGGGUGGACGAGGCCGACCCGGCCAAGUGGAAGGCCAACCUGCGCUGCGCCCUGAACAAGAGCCGUGACUUCCGCCUCAUCUAUGACGGGCCCCGGGACAUGCCGCCUCAGCCCUACAAGAUCUACGAGGUCUGCUCCAACGGCCCCACGCCUGCAGAGUCACAGCCCAGUGAGGAUUACAUUUGUGGUGCAGGAGAGUUGGAGGAGGAGGAGGAAGAUGAAGAGCUCCAGAGGAUGUUACCGAGCCUGAGCCUCACAGAAGCAGUGCAGCCUGGCCCCCCCAUGGCACCCUAUUCUUUACCCAAAGAAGAUGCCAAGUGGCCGCCCACUCUCCAGCCGCCUGUGGUGCUGGGCCCCCCUGCUCCAGACCCCGGCCUCCUGGGCCCCGCCCCUGCCCCUGCCGACUCCGCUGCCCUUGGAGAGCUCCUCCCAGAGGUCCUGCCCAGCCUGCAGCCUGGGCCCCUGGCCGCCAGCCUGCCGCCCGCAGGCGAACAACUCCUGCCCGACCUGCUCAUCAGUCCCCACAUGCUGCCUCUGACGGACCUGGAGAUCAAGUUCCAGUACCGGGGGCGGCCGCCCCGCGCCCUCACCAUCAGCAACCCGCACGGCUGCCGGCUCUUCUACAGCCAGCUGCAGGCCACGCAGGACCAGGUGGAGCUGUUCGGCCCCGUGAGCCUGGAGCAAGUGCGCUUCCCCAGCCCCGAGGACAUCCCCAGCGACAAGCAGCGCUUCUACACCAACCAGCUGCUGGACUUCCUGGACCGCGGGCUCAUCCUCCAGCUGCAGGGCCAGGACCUGUACGCCAUCCGCCUGUGCCAGUGCAAAGUGUUCUGGAGCGGGCCCUGCGCCUCGGCCCAGGGCUCGCACCCCAAUCCCAUCCAGCGGGAGGUCAGGACCAAGCUUUUCAGCCUGGAGCAUUUCCUCAACGAGCUCAUCAUGUUCCAGAAGGGUCAGACCAACACCCCGCCUCCAUUUGAAAUCUUCUUCUGCUUUGGGGAGGAGUGGCCUGACCGCAAACCCCGAGAGAAGAAGCUCAUCACUGUGCAGGUGGUGCCCGUGGCGGCUAGAUUGCUGCUGGAGAUGUUCUCAGGGGAGCUUUCCUGGUCAGCCGACAGCAUCCGGCUGCAGAUCUCAAACCCAGACCUCAAAGACCACAUGGUGGCACAGUUCAAGGAGCUCCAUAACAUCUGGCAGUCCCAGCAGCAGCUGCAGCCUGUGGCCCAGGCCCCUCCUGCAGGCCACGAGCCCUGGCCCAUGCACCCGGUUGGCAUGCAAUGA